CUCUUCUUCGCUUGUCGUUGCCCUCCGUACAUCACUAUCUUUGGCAUAUAUUACAUGCGUGUAAGCAUACACUACAAGGGUGAAAAAAAUGGCAGCUGACGAAUAGAGAAAAGUGUGUGGAUCUUCACUCGAUUUAUCCAGAGAAACACGGCACCUGACAAAACUUCACAGGCACAGAGGCAUACUGGUUCAACAUCCUGCGUCUUGAUUGUCAUCAUUUACGUGUCACCAUUGGUCGUCAGCGUCAAACUGUCACCAUUGGUCAUCAGUCACCAUGGGGAAAACUCCACUAAAAGAUCAGAAAGAUGGCAAAAAAGAGAAACCAGGAAGGACAGUUCCACCAACAGGUACAACUCCUGCAACAACUAAAGAUGCUUUCAGCUGGGAAGAAUAUCUAAAAGAAACGUCAGCUACACCAGCUCCGCCAAGCUGUUUUCGUCAGGCUAGAGUCCCACCCUCCAAUGACUUCAAGGUGGGAAUGAAGCUUGAAGCCCAUGACCCGAGGAAUUCCACCUCAGUCUGCAUUGCCACAGUAAUGGGCUUAACUGGGGUUCGUCUGCGUCUCCGUCUGGAUGGGAGUGACAACAGCAAUGACUUCUGGAGGCUUGUAGACUCCUCUGACAUCCAGCCUAUUGGCACCUGUGAGAAGAAUGGAGAUAUGCUGCAGCCACCGCUGGGAUUUCGGAUGAAUGCCUCCUCAUGGCCCAUGUUUCUGCUGAGAACCUUAAAUGGAGCAGAGAUGGCACCAGCAACAGCCUUUAAAAAGGAACCGCAGAGGCCCCCCCAGAACAACUUUAAACCAGGCAUGAAGCUGGAGGCCGUGGACAAGAAGAACCCAUACCUCAUCUGCCCCGCCACCAUCGGAGAAGUGAAGGGCGAUGAAGUGUUCAUCAUGUUUGAUGGGUGGCGCGGUGCCUUCGAUUACUGGUGCAAGUUCGAAUCCCGGGACAUCUUCCCUGUGGGCUGGUGCUCCCUCACUAAACACAGCCUCCAGCCACCAGGCAACAGUGUCACCCUGCCAAAGAACCCGCAGAUUCUCUCAGCGUCACCCUCCAAGCCCAGCCGACGCUCCCUGCAGUCCCCCUACAGACUCCCCAACCCUCUGCCCCUUCUGCCUGUCAGGAAGGGGGUAAGAGGCCGUCGGCCCAAGAGUGAGACCAUCGCUCUGCUCAAAGCCGUGGCAGAGGCAGCAGCUGCCCAAAACGGAGCCGUACCUGAAAGCACACCACUUGUACCCCAACCCCACAAAAAGAGAGGCCCCAAACCUGGAAGCAAGAGAAAGCCUAAGAUUCUCCAAAGCACAGCACAUCUGCCGAGCAUCCAGGUUCCACAAGAAAGCCCUCCGAGCCUCAACUCAGUGGUUUCAACAGUGUGUGUGUACGUGAAUAAGCAUGGAAACUGCGGUCCCCACCUGGACAGGAAACAGAUGCAGCAUCUGCCAGACCACUUUGGCCCUGGGCCAGUGAACGCUGUGCUGCAGCAGGUGGUCCAGUCAUGUAUAGACUGCGCAUACCAGCCUAAAGUCCUGCUGGGUGCUCUGCAGACUCAUUCAGGAGGAGGAGAGGUCGUCAGAGUGAGAACAGAUGGAGGAGUUCGUGUGGUCAAACUACCAUCAGCCUCUAGCGCUUCCUUUGUGCUACGCUUCUUGGAGACAAUGUGUCGUCACCUGCAAUGCGACAACCUGUUCAGCAGCCAGCCGUUCAGUCAUUACACGGCCUACGACAGGAACAAGUCAGUGAAAGAAGAAGCACUGGACGCUCCAUCCCUGGUUCGGAGUAGUAAACGAAGUCUCUCUGGGGUCUCUCCAACAUACGCAGCCCCUCUGUCUCCUAAACAUUUACGUGCUGAAGCCCACCCUUCAGAAGCAGAGACCCUGCCUCACGAAGAGAACGGCCUAAUAAAGGAGCAGCGCUACAUGGACUCGGCCUCCAACUCCAUGACCCCUCGACCCCAAACAGUGCGGAGUUCCUCAGAGUACCACCCCCAGGCCAGCAGCCUUUACCAUCCCGGUACACCCAUGCGCCGCCAUUCCUCUAAUCCCGCAGAGCUCAGCUCCACACAACCGCUCAGACGAGUUGAAGCCAGCUCCACCACAGGUCCUGAGGCUGUAGCAUCUGACCGGGAGAGUCUGCGGCUGCCCAGUAAAAACCCCUCCUCCUGGUCCAUUGAAGAGGUGAUGCAGUUCGUGAGGGAUGCUGACCCCACAGCAUUAGCCCCACAUGCAGAACUAUUCAGAAAACAUGAGAUUGAUGGAAAAGCCCUGAUGCUUCUACGGAGCGACAUGAUCAUGAAGUACAUGGGUCUUAAGUUAGGGCCCGCGCUGAAGUUAUGCCAUCACAUAGAGAGGCUGAAACAAGGCAAACUGUAAGAGGAGCCCCAAGCAGCCCCGUCCCUGCCGGACCCAUGAGCAAUAAGCCCUGAGAGGACCAGCGUUUGGACACUGCUCGGCGCAUGACACCACACGACUCAUGGGGCAUGCAGGGGCUACAAGUUACUCUUAACUCUAGACUCCACCUUGAGGGACUCAAUAGAUGUUACAAGCUCAUCAUGACUUCCAGAGUGGAGAAGUGUGCCGUGCAUUGCUGACACAUUACCUCAUCCCCUCAUCAGUGAACAAAAAGCUGUUCAAGUCUAAUAGACGCCAUUGACUCUAUGAAAUCCCAAAGGAAAAUAAUCCCUGUAGUGUUUACAUUGCAUAGCACAUGUGCACACGUGGACACAUUUUUUUUACUGAGAUGAAAUCUUUUGAUCCUGGUUUUGGAUCCCCAAAGAUGGAGAAUGUUUCUUCUUAUAUAAUGUUUUUAGCAUUGUUGAAUUUCCAGUUAAUAAGGAAGAGUUGAUAUACUAAAAAAAGAAAGGAAAAAAAAAAGAAUCCAUCAGAUGUUCUUCCCCAUGCUCUCGAACAGAAUUUGGAUGCUCUCUGGUUUGUGCUGUUGUAUAGUUGUUUUCACUUUUUGUUUAUUCACGUGUAUGCCUCAAGUAUGGGUAUAUCUGCCUGCCCGAAGAAUGCCUGUCAAUGCAUUCCAUGUCUUUCACACAAUGCUAGACACAAGUUUUCAUUUGCUUCAACACAAUUGUAUCAUGUUGUAUUCUUAUUUUUUUCUAACCAAACCUCACCUUUUCCUCGAGUGUCCUGCAGAAUCAUCAGCCGUGCGCUGCGGCACGCUGGAUGACAAUGAUGUGAUGUAUUAUUGUGUCUCAGCUGACACUCCUACUGGUCUCCAUGCAGUUCUUAUCAACGUUAAACCGUUUGUAUCCCAAGCUCUGAGUCAACAGACGGAUUGUUAAGGAAGUGCAAAUACGACAUUUCUAAGGGCUUUCUUUCUAUUUAGUCAUUUUAGUCAUAAUCAUUUUAAGCUCGUCAGUCGGCCUGUGACCUCAGUGUUGACACCUUUGACCGUUACAAUCACUGUUAGCAAUGAAAACAGAUAUGUACAGUUUUAUGGGUUUAACCAUGAAUAUCAGCGACAGAAUGUACAUUUUGUAGAAACUUAAUAUUUUAAGGAAAUCAUAUACAUAAGUUAGAAAUGUGAAGAUAAAAGGGGGAUGGGGAUGUGGUGAAUAUUUCACAGUGGAUUCCAUUCUGCUUUUUAAUACUUAAUGCAGCGCUUUUUAGUUGAAAUACUCCCAGUAAUAGACUUUGCCUUGCUUUACCUAUGACAUUUCUCAGGUUAAUGUGGUCUUUGUUAGUAUAAGCUUUUGUAGCAUACUGUUUAUAAUAUACUUAACAGAAUUUUCCUGUUACUCCCUUUUCUGAUUUAAAAUGACUCGUGCCAUAUGAUAUUCAACACAGGAUCGAAGUGCUGUCGGUUUCCCUCUCGCAUCUUCUUAAAAAGUACUUGAAAUAUUUGUGUUGCAAAAAGUCCCUUGUCCAUUACAUCACACCAGAUAAACUAUGUGUUUAUGA